AUGGCAACCCUCACCACGAGCGGCGGCGAGCAGCUUAAGCCUGCUUCCGAUGGAACUCCGGACCGAGAGAGCAACUCGCUAUUCGUGCGCAAACGCAAAGUACUCGAGGAAGGCGAAGAGAACAAGGUCGUGAACAAGAGCUCUCAGGGCAACUUCAGCAAUGUCCGUCGUCCACGUAAGCGGUAUGUCAUCGACGAUGAGGAUGAGGACGAGGACGACUUGUAG